AUGAUGACGCGCCCUGCUGGCGGCAGAAAGAUGACCAGAGGUCAAGGCUUACAAAUCUAGCUUCUCUUCCUGAAGCGGGUUUGCGAACUUUACUGUUGGGUAACCAUUGAGUCCUCUCAGACUUGCGACCCCAGGGUUGCCACUGUCCCACGUUGUCCAGCAGCCAGGGACUCCCCAUGUAUCUGUGACUGACUUGAAUUCCUGAUCCUCUUGCCUUGCCCCUCCUCCCGAUUGCUGGGAUUUCAGGUCUCUGGUGUCUCUGGGGCACCCACCCACCUGGAGCCAUGGUCCAUGCCUUCCUCAUCCACACCUUGAGGGCCCCGAAUUUGGAAGAUACAGGCCUUUGCCGAGUGCUCUACUCCUGUGUCUUUGGUGCUGAGAAGUCACCUGAUGAUCCACGGCCACACGGUGCAGAAAGGGACAGGCUCUUCCGCAAGGAACAGAUUUUGGCGGUGGCCAGACAGGUGGAGUCACUAUGCAGGCUGCAGCAGCAAGCAUCUGGAUGUCCCUCCACAGACCUGCAGCCUCAGUUCUCAGAUGAGCCUGUGUCCCUGCACGAGGCCCCUCACGGAGCCUUCUUCCUGAGAGCCGGGGACCCUUUCCAGGAGCCGCAGACGGUGGUGUGGCUGGGUGUGCUCUCCCUAGGCUUUGCCCUGGUGCUGGACACCCACGAGAACUUGCUCCUGGCUGAGAGUACACUCCGGCUGUUGGCCCGCCUCCUUCUUGACCACCUCCGGUUACUCACACCAGGUAACAACUUCUUGUUGCGGUCUGACCGCAUUGAGGGAAUCCUCACCCGCUUCCUGCCGCAUGGACAGCUGCUUUUCCUCAAUGACCAGUUUGUCCAGGAUCUGGAGAAGGAAUUCAGUGCCGCUUGGCCCCGCUGACCACCCCCACCAGAAUGAGGACAAAGAGGAAGGGUAAAGAUUACAUACUUCAAGGAGAAGUUUGGCAUCUGCCUCUACCCCAGGCUUGCUCUAGUCUGAUGUGUGGCCACACUCGGGACAAAUGGAUUGGACAAGCUGGCAGGAAGAGGCCUGGGUAGGAGACAGGGGGGGCUGUCUGCUCAUUCUCAGACUCAGUGGAAUUGCAGGGCAUCCUGAACCUGGAGCUGCCGUGUGACCUCUCAGACUCUGUGGAAUUGCAGGGCAUCCUGAACCUGGAGCUGCCGUGUGACCUCUCGGACUCUGCAGUGUUCACCACACUAGUCCUUGGCUCCACUUCCUCCCAGCCCUACCAGCUGCCUGUACUGGGGCAGUGUGCUGCCUGCCAAGACUUUAACUUACCCCCUCUAUAACCCGGGACAAAAGGAGUCUCUGGGACUCCCUUCAAGGUGGGGGAGCUGGGCUGGUACCCUGGCAGUCCCUGGCCCUUGCCUUUGCACGUCAUAAGGGAUUUUGUCAGCAAGGCCUGUUCUGCAUCUAGAUCCACCACAGUUCAGAGCAGGGGGACAUGAAGCUCCUUAUGUGCCCAGCCUGUAUCUGCCAGGCAAGCUGAGGGCACAACAGCUUUUCUCAUCAGCUUUGAAUUGAAAAGAAUGGCUGUCUGACUUUGCCCUGUGUUUGUGCACCUCACGGAUACGAUACCCCCUUGUGAGUGAGCGUCUGCCCGAGUGACCCCUGCUACUUGCUCAAGCCCCCUCCUACGAGGCUUCCUUUGGAGGCCUCCAUUCCUCAGUUGUCUCUGUGCUUCUCUUGGAUGGCGGUUCUUCCUUUUUGCUGGCGUAUGUGUCCCAGGUUAGUGUGCAUACUUGAGAAGCAGAGAGAGGCAUUUCUGGAGGACAGUUCUGUCCUUCUGCUGGGGGACCCGAGGAUCAAGCUCAGGCCAUCAAGCUUCCUGGCAGGCACUUUCAUCAGCUGAGCCAUCUCACCGGUACAUGAUGUGUUUUUUCCAAAGUAAGGUGGAGCUCUUUUUUAUUUCAGAAAUGUUUUCCCAGCCUAGGUCAUUGAGUGGCUAUUGUAUUUCAUCGUUCCAUUCAGACAAUCCAACUGCACAGCACGUGGGUCUCCUGUUGCUAAUCUUUCCCUACGCAUAGUGUGGCACAUCUCAAAAGCUCCAGAAAAGAAAAGUUACUUUUGGAAGAUGGAUCUCUUGUCAAGGAAGGAGCCACAGAGCAGUUCUUCAAGGAAGGCACAGUGUAGCUUAACCAAGGAGGGACCCUGCAGGCUCGACCGUGUCCCACAUCUCUGCCAUCCCAGUGGGUUGGGCCUCAUGAUACUCACAUGCAGUUUCUUCUGCCCCCUCCUAUCUGCAGUGGGAUGCCUAGUACGCAGUACCACCCCAGCAUCUCAGGAUCUCAUGAAACAUUUGUGUCUCCAAAUCAUCAUUUGCUCUACAUUUCUGAUUCUGUCGUGUUAUCAGUUUCACUUGCCUCUCAGGAUGUGUUACUCUUCUUUCUGCUUUGUUCUCUAAGCAUAUAGCAUGCUAUUUCCACUGAUGUUCACUCAUAAAAAAAAUAAAAAUAAAAAAUCAA